ACUUGUUCCGUGUUCUCAUCGUCUUCACGCUCUCGCUCGUGGUUCGGAGAUACUCUAGACCGUCAUCCCGCUUUCUGCGUCCAGAAGAGGCGACUACAUACUGAGCAGGGCGCGCCAGUGUCGCUGCCGGACGUUAGGCGCAAUGGAGGGUGCACAAAAUCUAGCAUCAGGAUCCCGCCUACGAGGGGGAGGAUACAACAUCACGCUCGGCUCCAUCACCAGCAGUCUCCUCUCCGUCCCCUCCCGCAUGCUCGCCCGUAUGCGGCGCGCCGACGAGAUCCUCCAUAAGGAAGCCAUGGCGAAGCGCGCGGCAGCGGCGGCGGCGGAAGCAGCAGCGAAGAGGGCCUCCACGGCGGGGGGCGGGCCGCCCGGGCUGCGCUGGUGGGGGUUCUUUACAUCGGGAUACAUGCUUGGGAUCAUCAUCGUCGCCGUGCUGGUGCACCGGAUUCAGAAUGUCGUCGUGCCGUCGCGCGUGCAACCCGUGUACCGACGAAGGAACCAGGGGAUUGUGCAGCGAGUGUACAAUUCCUUCCUCCCGAUCGACUUGGACAAGGCCACGACCCGCUUCGCCCUUCACUCCGUCUCGCUCUACCUCAUCCUGCGAAUGCUCGUCAUCUGGGGGGUCGUCGUUCUGCAGACCUCGCAACUCUACCCUGAGGAGCCGCAUACGGCUUGGAUUCAGAGACUGGGCGAAUAUGUGGUACACCUGCCUAUGGGUCGCAUCUGCUGGGAUACCUUCGUCGCCAUUUGUGCCGUCACUUGUGCCCAGGCAUUCACGAGGGGGCUUGAUGGGCUGGGUAAUACUCUUUUGACAUCUCAUGGACCCUCUUCACCGAUCAACUUGGUUAGCUAUGCCUUCAUGCUGCAUAUAUAUUCGUCGCCAUUAGCGCACACAUUCCAUCCUUCCGGGUUACCCAGCCGGCCUGAUAAGCAUGUCUGCAUCGCUUUGACGCUCCCCGUAAUCCAAAUUGCCAUGCAACACAUCAUAUCCAUCCGCAAGCGCUGGGCGACACAUCGGUUCUGGCCCUCCGCCAUCCGCUCCCUGCUCUCCCUGGCGCACUUUUGGCUCACCAUCAUUUCCUAUACGCGAUACAUCGAAUACGUGCCCUAUCUCCCGCAGAUCGUCGCCCAGUCGAACAGGAACGUACCUGGCCACGCCGGCUUCCCCCAGGUCCAGCUCAUGCCAAACGUGUUCGAGAGCUUCAUGAUCUUCACGACGGUCUUGACGAUCGCGCUCAACACCGUGACGCAGCUUCUGCUGACCGGGAGAGUGGACAAGCCGCUUUUGGGGCUGGGUCUAUCGACAGGCGAUGGGAGGUCCAUCUACAUCCCCUACGACGAGGAUUUCACCUUCUUCCUUAGCCGCGUCGGCACCGCUAGCCUCGAAGCCACCGGCCUCCGCGGUUGGGGCAACGAGGUCGGCGCCGUCAAUGCGCUAGCCACCCCGCCCCGACACCAAGGCCUCAUCCAACUCUCCGGCUCCGGCGUCAUCCGUGUCGUUCCCGGCACAUCGAAGACGGGCAAACCCCUCAAGGGCCUGCACAACGAGGUGCAGGACGUCGAUCUGGGCGCGACGCCGCAGAGCGGGUUCUUCACCAACUUGGCGUCGUUGCCGUUGGUGGACUGGGGCUGGAUGUGGGCGCUGUGGGGGUUCGGGAAGGCGGUGGUGGGAGCGGGGAGGGGGUUACUUGCCUUUGUGUGGGCGGCGAUGAAGGGGGAUACGAGGGUGCUGUCAUGGAAGAGACCGGUGCUCCGUGGACCUGAUAUACCGGCCGUGAGGAGACCGGAGGAAGAGGAGGGGGCGGAGGAUCAGGAGGACGAGCUCUAUCGGCGAUUUUUGGUGGGCGAUAGCCUCAGCGAUGCCGACGAUGACGAGCCCGCGCAGUGGGAGAGUGACGAGGCGGGCGACGAGGAUACGACGGACGGCAGUGAUGGGGAAGAGUCGGAGCCGGACGCUGAAGCUCUCGCGCUGUUCAUGGACCUGCAACGUUCGCGGGCGCGGAGUAGGACGCCCACGCCCGAGGCAUCGUCGUCGUCCGCCGCGCCGUUGUUUAUGGCGCAUAUGGUGCGAGAGGGGAGCUCGCCGUUGACGAGGAGGCAGUACCUCGCCUUAACAACAGGAAAGGCUGGAGGUGGCGAGGUCGAGCAGGCGAGGGCACGCUCGUCCAUGUCGACAGACGACGACGAGGUGAGGCGCAUGUGCGUAAUCUGUACGUGCGAGUUGAGGGAGAUCAUCUGCUGGCCUUGUCGCUGCCUCUCGAUGUGCAACUCCUGCCGCGAGAGUUUGGCGGCGCAGUCCGGCUCGUCAAAACACAGAUGCCCGUGCUGCCGACGAAAGGUCGAAGGCUACUCGAAGAUCUUCAUUCCUUGAGGUUGAGGGAGAUGGCUGUGUACUAUGUAUUGUCGGAUGGAAUUGCUGUAUCAGAGCUUGUGUACUUAUAUAGCGUUGCAAUGUUGUUGUCUUCCUCA